CAAGUACUAGUAAAGUUGAUUAAGUACGCUUUUCAAGCUUUUUUGAGAUCUUCCUCGUCUUCCCUUCCAGAGGCACACAUCCAUCACAAAAACCAUGGCUAUCCGCCUCCUUCGUGUUGUUAGUGCUAAGAAAGUUCCCAAGGGCUACUUUGCAGUUUAUGUUGGAGAAAACCAGAAGAGGUUUGUGAUACCAGUGUCAUUCUUGAACCAGCCUUCUUUUCAAGAUUUGCUCGGCUUAUCAGAAGAAGAGUUCGGAUAUAAUCAUCCUACUGGCGGUCUCAGAAUUCCCUGCAAUGUAGACAUGUUUCUUGAUGUCACCUCUCGCUUGAACUGAUUACGAGAGAAUUAACUCUCAUCAGCCUAUACAAUUUGUAGAGCAAACAAACAUCACUAAUGCCAUGUAAACAAGCUUCUUUUCCCAUCCUUUUUUCCUUGGGAAUCAGUUAUAAUGCUCCCUAAGUAGAUAAUUAGAGAUGGUGUUACUGUAACCGUUCAAUCAAAUUGGAA